UGCUGGUCCCAAGGGUGAUAAUCUGUACGAAUGGGUGUCGACCAUUAUGGGCCCCGCUGGCUCACCCUAUGCUGGAGGGAUUUUCUUUUUAGACAUUACGUUUCCUCAGGACUAUCCUUUCAAGCCUCCAAAGGUAGUCUACCGUACUCGCAUCUAUCAUUGUAAUAUUAACUCGCAAGGGCAAAUCUGUCUGGACAUCUUAAAAGAUAACUGGUCUCCGGCAUUGACCAUUUCCAAAGUGCUUUUAUCUAUAUGUUCCCUUCUGACCGAUUGUAAUCCACACGAUCCACUUGUCGGAAGUAUUGCACAUCAGUAUUUGCAUGAUCGUGAGGAGCAUGAUAGAAUUGCUCGGGAAUGGACAAAGAGAUAUGCCUGCUGA